AUGGACGAUUUUCGAUCCAAAUCGUAUGGACAUGGAAGAAUGGAGCUGGAGAGCUACUACGGAAAUGGGUCCAAUGGAGCUGGAGGACCCAACUCCUCGGCCGUUAAUGGGAUGCAAGAUCUCAGAUGCUACAGUACCUCGUAUGCAUGCCCACCAAAAACGCAGAACAAUGAGAACAACAACAUCAGCAAGUUCAAGAAGGGAAAGUCCGCAAAUGGGUCGGUUUCGAAGAGCUGGAGCUUCAGUGAUCCGGAGCUGCAGAGGAAGAAGAGGGUGGCUAGCUACAAGGUGUACACUGUGGAGGGGAAGCUGAAAGGGAGUUUGAGGAAGAGCUUCAGGUGGCUCAAGGAGACAUGUGAUAGAGUUGUCUAUGGCCGGCAUUCUCCUAUGAAUCUGUUUGAUUCAGAAGGGAAUGAUUUUCCUGGUUGGGACAAGAAUGACAUGAAACCUUACUGA